AUGGAUGGGGAACCGUUGAAGCGAGUUCGGAAGAGCAGAAAAGAAAAUAGUAACGACAGAAAAGAGAUAAUGAAGCAACAGCCCGACGAUGCGAAAGCGACUGCAGGUUGGAAGUUUAAGACGGUUCGUCGAUCAACCGGAUGGCCUUACGUUGAAAAAGAAGAAGCUCAAAGUCAAUAUGUUAAGUUGAUUUCAGACCUUGUGGCAAAUGAAUCGGAUGUGCCAAAAAGCGAUUCUGUACCCAUCACUGAAUCCGGUGACGGUCUUGAUUGUUUUCUUGAUCGUGGUGUCCUAACAUUGCGUUUAAACCGUCCGGAAAAAAAGAAUGCCAUCACCCCGAAGAUGUAUCGUAUGUGGACGGAAAAGUUGUCUUACGCAUCAAGUGAUUUCGAGGUGAAAUUGGUGGUCGUAACAGGUACAGGAGAUUAUUUUUCAAGUGGAAACGACUUGACAACGUUUCUCAAGCCUAUUCAAUCGGGUGUCUCAAUUGCGCAAGUGGCUCGAGAAGGCCGGGAUAUUUUGCGUGAAUUUGUGGCUUCUUUCAUUGAUUGCACCAAACCACUAAUUGCUUGUGUCAAUGGACCGGCAGUCGGUAUCAGUGUAACCACCUUGGGACUAUACGAUUUGGUCUUAGCGGCGGACAAUGCCCAUCCUCUCGAUACACUUUCCCACCAUUGGUUCAAUAGCACAACGGUUCGACACCUUUCCCGUGCUCGUAUUUUGGAGUAUGUAUAUUCUGGUUCUGUAUAUGCGUGA